AUGGCAAGGUAUCGAUGUUCCUGGACAUCAAAACUUCACGAAGCGAGCGAAGACGACGCAAACGAUGCUGUCUCCGCAGCCAGAGACGCGUUUCCCGCCUGGAGGGAUCUUAGUCCAACCGAAAGAGGGGUCUAUCUUCGCCGGCUUUCAGAGCUCAUCCGUCCAUGUCACAAAGAGCUGGCUUAUCUUGAUACUGCAAAUACCGGAAGGCCUGUUAGCCAGUUUUUUCUAUCAGAGCUUGCCGCAAACUUUUUGCGAUACUUUGCAGAACGAGGCUGGUCCGCGCAAGGGACUUCGAGUUUCAACACUCCGAAUCACCUGAACAUCUCAGUCAAGCAGCCAUACGGGGUGACGGUCUGUGUAGCCCAUUCAAAUCUUCCACUGCUUACCCUGGCAUACGAUGUUGGUCCUGCGUUGAUUGCGGGGAACACUGUUGUUCUCAAAAGUAGCGAAAGAGCGCCUUUGUCGCUAGCAUACAUCUCAGCCCUCGUGGAAAAGGCAAACUUUCCCCCUGGAGUGUUGAACAUUAUCUCAGGAGCGCCUUCCGGGCCUUGUCUAGCAUCUCACAUGGAUGUUCGCUGUCUGAGCCAUGUGAGCGCGGUUCCAGUUGCGCAGAAAGUCUUGACUGCAGCAAUAACAUCAAAUAUGAAGCAUGUCCGGACCCAUCUGUCUGCAAAAUCUCCAGCGCUUGUAUUUGCAGAUGCAGACCUAGAUUCUGCUGCAAAACAGGCUGCUGUCAGUAUUGGAAUCCUGAAUGGAAUGAGCUGCUAUUCAAACUCUCGUAUUUACGUGGAGGAGAGCGUUGCGGAAGAGUUCGAAGCUCUCUUCCGGGAGAAAUAUAGCAAUGCCACCCUCGGGGAUCCUCUUGACCCAGAUACAUUCAUCGGUCCUCAACGAGAUGAGCAGCAUUAUGAGCGGGUGAAGUCAUUUAUUGAGCUGGGACAGAAGCAUGGAACAUUGACAGCUGGCGGUGAUGAUGGUAAUGGAUUAUUUAUCAAGCCCACCAUCAUUGAGAACAUCCCAGAAGACUCGCCGGUUGUUCAAGAAGAGAUCUUUGGACCUGUUGUAAUUAUCAACACUUUCAAGAAUGAGUCUGACGCUGUGGAGAAGGCCAAUAACACACGAUUCGGUCUUUAUGCAUCCGCUUUUACCAAAAACUUUGACCGAAUUCUCCGACUUUCGAAAAUACUCGACGCAGGAACCGUCUGCAUCAACUGUACAAGCCCUACCAUGGCUGAUGAUAUGCCAUUUGGUGGGCACAAGAUGAGCGGGCGUGGGUCUGGAGGAUUGCUGGAUAGCAUGGAAGACUUCCUCGAGACGAAGACUAUCCUUAUGAAAGGAAAUCCCCUCUCGCUCGCAGGAUGA